CCACGAGAGUGGCGGCGCGCGCAGAUGAGGAACUGUGUUCGACCCGUGGAUCGCCAUGUUUGCCCCAGGGACAAGAGCCAAGGGUGAGCGCGUGGGUGCGCACGCUGCCUGCGUGGACACAACAGCCCCGCUCGGCGCCCCCGCUCGCUUGCCGCUUCUUCGACCGCCUUUUCAACGUCAGUGCUCCGCGCGGCGCUCAUCAGCGAAGCGCGUUCCGUUGCCGGCCUCGUGCUUCGUCUAGUUCCAGCAUCGAUCUCGACAUUCGGGCAGGGCCAUACUGUGGGACGGUGGGAUAGUCCUUGACGUCACAGCUGCAGCUCGGCCAAUGAGCGAGCGUCGAUCGAUGCAGCGCCCGGUCCGGGGGCGGCCCGUGGACGGCAUUGCAAAGCAGCGCUUGGCGUGCCUGCAGUGCGCCGCCGAAACGCUUGCCGGGUGCCACCGGAGAAACCACCAGCACACGCAGGCAGCGCCGACGUCGUCCCCCCUCCAGGCAUCAUGGCUGCGCAGAACAAAACGGAGGAUGUGUCCAAGUUACGGUACACAGACCUUUACCCUUUCCGGGACGACUCCGGCCCGACACGAGAGUUCCUGCAACGAGUCUUCGACAUUCUGUGGGCCUACGUUGACAAGCAGCAGGACCGCUCAAGCAAGAUACUCGAGUUCCACAUGCCCGAGGAGCUGAUGCAGAUCUUAGACCUCGAGCUGCCCGACGAAUCGCAGCCGCUGCAGCGCGUGCUGGGAGAUUGCGCCGAAGCGCUCAAGCACCAAGUGCGCACAGGUCACCCGCACUUCUUCAAUCAGCUGUCAAGUGGCCUGGACAUUAUCUCCCUGGCCGGCGAGUGGCUUACUGCUGCAGCCAACACUAACAUGUUCACGUACGAGAUCGCCCCCGUGUUCAUUCUCAUGGAGAAUGUGGUGAUGAAGAAGAUGCGAGAUCUCAUCGGCUACACCAACGGUGACAGCAUCCUGGCACCCGGCGGCUCGGUGUCCAACCUGUACGCUGUGAUGGCGGCGCGGCACAAGAUGUUCCCCAACUACAAGACCAUGGGCCUAAAGGCGCUGCCGCAGCUCGUCAUGUACACAUCUGAAGACAGCCACUACUCCGUGAAGGGCGCUGGCGCAGCCAUCGGCCUCGGCACGGACAACGUGGUCUCCAUACCCGUGGACAAGUGCGGCCGCAUGAUGGUGGACGUGCUGGAGAAGGAGAUCCAGGCGUCCAAAGCCCGCGGCCACGUGCCUUUCUUCGUCAACUGCACAGCCGGCUCGACGGUGAUCGGCGCCUUCGACCCCAUACACCCGAUCGCUGACAUCUGCCAGAGGCACGGGCUUUGGCUCCACGUAGACGCUGCCUGGGGUGGAGGUUGCCUCCUUUCUAAAAAACACCGGCACCUUUUGGACGGCGUUGAACGAUCCGACUCGGUGACAUGGAAUCCUCACAAGCUCAUGGGAACGCACUUGCAGUGUUCCACGAUACAUCUCAAGGAGGACGGUCUGUUGCUUAGCUGCAAUCAGAUGUGCGCCGAGUACCUGUUCCAACAGGACAAGCAUUACGACGUGUCCUUCGACACGGGCGACAAGGUGCCCCAGUGCGGACGCCACAACGACAUAUUCAAGUUGUGGCUCAUGUGGAGGGCCAAGGGAACAGCGGGUUUCGAACGUCAGAUAGACCACCUUUUUGACAUGUCCAACUACCUCGUGCAGAAGAUCAAGGAUAGGCCAGAUAUGUUCCAUCUACUACUCGAGCCGGAGCUAGUGAACGUGUGCUUCUGGUACAUUCCCAAGAGGCUUCGCGGAAAGCCCCACAGCAAGGAGAAGGAGCAGGAAUUGGGAGUGGUGACAACGCAGUUGAAGGCGCGGAUGAUGAACACCGGAACGCUGAUGAUCACCUACCAGCCCAUUUGGGACAAGCCGAACUUCUUCCGAAACAUCGUCUCCAACGCGGGUGUGCGACGGGAAGACAUCGACUUCCUUGUCGAGGAGCUGGACCGCCUCGGCCACGACCUGUAGGACGCUUCCCUCCGACGAGCGCCUUCCACGCCACGUACUCGUUUUCCCGGCGGUCCCGCCAUUGUCCUUUGGGAGCGAGCCGAGCAGUUGAGGGGGGCCCCGCGUGUUAGGAAAAGCAAUCGCUGAUACGGCCAAGGUUGACGACGUGAUGUUAGCCCAGCGGGGAAAGAAAAACAUCGACGAGCUGUUUAAUUUUUUUUUUUUCAUUUUCGAGAACAAGCCAUCGAUUGAUAGUGAUGCUCUUGUUACGCGGUGAAGGCGUUGGCCAAGCAGAAGCCGUGGCGCGGUUUACCUGAACGUUGAUCGUUCGUUGUGCAAAGCGUAUACGAGGACUCGGAUUUCGCGAGAAAUCUGCUGGUCCUUUUGUUUUACGGGAGUUGUUGAUCUUGGCUUAUUUUGCUGCGUGUGCGUGGCACUACAGAGCCGAUCUUGUUAAGGCUCAGAAAGGAGAACUGGUGAUUCCUCUAGUACUUUUUUUCUGCUCCUACUUAACCGGGACGGUACACUUCUGCUAUGAAUGUGAUACAUAUGCGCAACACAGAACAUCUGGCGAACCUUACGCUGUAUCAUUAAAAAAAUGGGGUGGGGGAGAAAGAACCGAGAGACAGAAAAGCCGGACAAUUUUCAGCGAUAAAAUUGCGCAUAUUAUAUAGAACGCGAAGUCACACCUUGUGAUUGUGUGUUUUAUGGUUUUGAGGAAAAGUCCGGGUAAGUCGAGAAGCCAGCUGAAGCGCUCGCUUUCUUCUGCUAUAAGCUUGGGUUGCAGUGCAGCCACCAUGAUCGUUUCUCAUAUCAUUUAUCGAGCGUGGCAUUGACAGUGGACUAAUCAAUUUUACUGCCUCAGUGCCUAGUUUUUUCGCGCUCAUGCUUCACAGAGGGCUGAAAUUUUGUGGUGGGUUUGGUGAAAGUACCGGCCUGUUUGUUUAAACAGGUCAUACGGUAUAGAAUACAAUGGAGAGUUUUGCUGCGCUGUAAGCGACGCGCUAUUGACUGAUAAGUAAGCUAAAUAUUAACAGUUACGAAUGUUCUCUCUCUCUUAUACACCGCAUUCUCUCGGCGAUAGCUGGUGCCAGGGUUUAUCGCCGUAGUUAGCCCUACAAGUUCGGUCAGGACUAUCUGAAUAUUUAACAUCUUAGCGCGUAUGCGCACAUAUUUAAGGCUUACUUUAAGGAAAUCAUACUAUUUUCUUCUUAUGCGUGCCUCUGCACGAUGCCCACCGCCACAUUUCACCAUCGCGUGAAAUGCUAGCACUUAACAAGCAACAGGUUAAGACAGCAGAAGACUCCGCGCUUCUUUGCUUUAGCGGUGCCACACUCGGUACAGGUACUACUGCGUUGGAAAAUAUAUUGUGUAGUGCCUACUUUUACAUCCACCAGUGUGUUGUAUUGCCUCGCGUGUCUUCUUCUUUUUUUUUUUUCAGAACUGGCACUUGUCUACAAAACAAUUUUCUUGGGGAAUUUGUUUCUUCGUUCGCUUAUAGCAAAAGAGACGUGACGCGCUAUUGCACGACAACAAUAAGCGAUGUCAAAUAGUUUUGAUGCAAUAAUAUUAGGAGCAAAAUACACCAAUCGAAUUACUAUUGAAGAAAAAAGAAAUAUCUGGCAUUUACAUGCACAUGAAAAAUUAUAAUCAGCAGAUUUUUAUCCAAGAAACUGGUAUUGCUGCCUAUAUCCACUGUCCUACUUGUGAAAAGCGCAUAUAUAAUUAUAAAUUCUGGUGCUAAAUAUACUUCCCAAAAGCUGAGAGCUGUAAACAAUGGCAUAAUGUAAAAUGAAUUACGCAAUAGCAAAACGAUCAAUGUUCAACGAUCAACUUACAAAGAACGAAUGUUUCACCAAUUUCUGCACUUUCACGUCUUCCAUUACUUUACGUGUAAACAAACCAAGCAAUAGAAAGUGUGAUAUAUAGCUGAUUUGAAUUACUGGUGACGCCUUUAACGGCGAUCGCCUUUAGCCAUAAAACCAAUCCACUAACCACUAAAAAGUGAAAUAGCAGCUUGACUGAAAGCUCGUUCGUAGAACGUCAGUUAGUCACAGAAUGUUGCCUUUCCUAAACGAUCCGCGUGGCGGCAGGCUCUCUGCGAGUGUAGCGUUCCCGAUUCUCAAAGAGCCAGAAAACAAAGCAAAGAACUGAGAAUGUGCUCGAUGUUUGACUUCCCUUUCCUAGAGGAAUAAAUCUGACACUCCACGCGCUGUUAUUGCGUCUUCCAAUCGCAAGAUGUCAUAGAAGUAUAAAUAUAUGUAUACAUAUGUGUAUAACGUGUAAAUCGUGUUCCUGUUGCGGUUGAAGUAGCGUUGACACGUGCCGUACGCUCGUUGAGUUUCACAUGAACCGUGCUGCGUUUCAUCGCGAUGAGUUGUAGGUGAGAUAGGAGAGGAGUGUUCUCUAUCGUGUUGAUGUUGUUGAUUCUCCGCGAGUCGUUCGCCGACGAAUAUAGACGAUGCCCGCAGCAUGUGCAUGGUGGCGCUGUCGAUCAGCUCGAACAUGUCGCGUCGUGCGACAGUUCGGCCAUGACGCACCGCGCGGCUUUUCGGCGUGCCAAAGCAGCAAAAUCCCAAGUCUUCCAGGAGCAGGUCGCGGGAGCCCUCCGCGGGCAGGCCAGCUGGGCCUAACUGCGCAGUGUCAGCUAAGCCUAAGUCCGCCAUUUUUGUCCCGGGCCUCCUUAAUAUGUGCCAAUCGUGCGCUCUGUGUGUGUAGAUGAAGACCGCCUUACACCGUCGCAAGGACGACGGUGUAAGCAGAAGAGAGCAGAUUUAUUUCACGUUGAACGUUUACAGAGUCUAUAUGAUCGCGUUGUUUCGCUGUUGAACAUGUAGCGAUGGAAACUUGCCUGGCACACGAAGACCCAAUGUCACAGUGCGUGCUCUCCAUUCGGUCAAAACUGCCCCAGUACCUUUUUUUUUUUUUUAAACGAGGCGAGCAGAGCUUACGCAGACAUUCAUUCUACGAUGCAUUCCUGUGCAUAACUCGAAGCUAGUAUGUCGUAGGUUGUGGUUUUUUAGACACAUUCAUAUAAUUUUGAUGCUAUAGGUACACAGGUGCUACUAUUCCAAAUAAUGAAACUUAGCAUCCUUCCCUGUUUGUGAUGAUAUCGAAGAAUUCAUGUUUGCUUUCGGUGUAUCUCAUCUUGAUUGUUGACAGCCACUCGACUCCGCUACUUUACGUCACCAUUCAAACGUAUUAGCGCGCAACCCGUUUUCAAAGAGGACAACACGCAAGCAUCAUACUUUCAAAUGGGCAAUACCCACGGCUCGUAAACGUACUCGCCCGUUCCAUUAACUUUAUUUCUCUCUGUCUCCAACACUCUGCAUUUGCGGGCGUGCGGCUAUUAGAGAAACAUUUACAUUUCGCUUUCUUAAAGAUGUGGUGUGACAUUUUCUUUGUCUCAUUUCAUCUUUUUAGUGAAUUACAGGCGCUGCCUGAAGAAACAUUUAGCUAAAAAGCAUUCCGACUGAUCAGUAAAAACCAAUGAUGCACGCGUCAAAUCAUAACAUUGUGUUUUACUUAGUACCUGUCCGCAAUUUACAGCCUCUCGUUCGAACAAAAAUAGCCCACGUCGAAAGAAUGCUUAUCGCGAUCAUAAACCCGCAAACGUGUACGGAUGACACUACUCACCCACCGGUUGCGCUUCUGGGAUGCACGUAAGCCUUACCGUAGUACAAAACAGCACCCCAGAGUAUUUCCCUAAUGCAUCGCGUAAUGUGCCGCGCCAGCGAACCGCGUGUGUGAACGGCAAACGCUGUGGCGUUAAAUAGGCGAUUUCAGCCGCAGUCAUCUCUUGUUUUCGUUCCAAAGCACCAGUCUGCAAUUUCAUAAGCACAAUGAGUUUGUGCCCGGUAAACGGUGAAUGUUUUGCGCUUUCAUAUCAGUUAGCAUCGAUUCUCCUGUGACUGGAGUUAGAAGUUGUGGGCAGCCUGCCUCAGUGCGAUUGCCUCAGUUUAUUAAGGCGCGCUCAAGUAAAAAAAAAAAAAAUUAGAAAAUGCUGCUGUUGUAGAAAGUCCUUGCACCUUGUCUCGUAUACUGUGGAUUAGUGUCCUAUCACGGGACUUCCAAAUCUCGCCUGUGGCAGUGUACGUAGCGAUUCUAACCGUUUUUCUCGUUUGCAUAAAAUAUGCAUAUAGAAUCUAACUGGAAUUGCGUCGCUGCCAAGUAUUCCCAGUUUAGCAUUCAUUUGUGUCACUCAGAACAAAUAAGAGGUUAACACGCAAUUGAAAUUCCUUAUGCCCGCGGCAAGGCAGCCUGCCACCAUAAGACAGAGCCGAUCUGGGCAACGCGGAAAACCCCUGCCAGUGUAAAUAUCUGUCACCCUUGUACGUCCCGUGUCGUCAUUGAAGACAGUAUUAUUCGUGUCAGUACACGCUCACGUCUGUGAUGUCGCAAAGGUGUCUCGCUUGCCGCAGUCCUUCCCGCUGACUUUGGAUUAGUGAAGUGAGUGAAUGCAGAUGCACCUGUUAUCGCUACAUUGACGUCGUGACGUCUUGUGCGUGAAAUCCAGACAUUCAUAAAGAGUAUAGAAGAAUGCACCUUUAUCGUGUAGUAACCGCCAUGUACACGCAAAUAAUAUGGCUUGCCAGCACACCUCCCUGUUCGUACACGUAAGGGGAAGCUUCUGAUCGCCUCAUUACCCAGUGCCCCGGUGACUGCUCGAAGCUUCGCUUGUCCACUCCCGUGUCCGUCAGUGUUUGCUCCACCAAGUGGGCAUCGAAUUUGCUCGUUGGCGCGCCUGAAACUCAAAAAUUGACCAGAGCGUUCGUUGUUUACGGAGCAGUGACUGACCCUUUCGAAGUCAUCUACAUAGAUGUCUGAACAGGAGCGCAUGCAGACAGCGCCACCUAUAAUCUGUGUUACGACGGUGUAGAGCCUUGCCUUUGAAUGGCUCCUCUCCCGCCACACGGUCGUCAGCCGUCGCACUUUCACGAAGGCGGAUUCCGGAGGGCGCAGCCGGACAAUCGGGAUUCGUCUUCCGCUGCUGUCAUCGUUAGACGAAGGAACAGCAAUGAUUUCGUGCACGUUCGCACCCCACCCUUCAGUGCUUGUGGACUAAAGAAUGCGCUGUAGCCGCCGAAAAAAAAAAAGAAAAAAAAAACUUCUCGACCUGGAACUGUGAAUGACAAUACAAACAAUGAAACAGAAUAGAGUGGCACAGAACGCGUGCAGGUCACUUUCUCUUGUUCCGCUGUGCGUGCCGCUCCUCUGUCUUCCAUGAACAAUGAGAAACAUCACAACCAUCUGCGAGGGUCGAGAGCAACCCCCCCCCCCCCACCUUUCUCUUCCUAAUUAAUAAAAAAAUAAGAUCCCAUACUGAAUUUUAAUCAGCCAUUCUGCCUUCGCAAAGCAUAAAUUCAUGAACACAUAAUUUCAUGAACAUAUCUGACAUAUCCUAAAUAAGGACAAUAAGCACUCUCGACCUUUGUUUGACUGUCCCGGCCGGACGAAUUGUCCCUUGAGCACUUAGGCCGCUCGUACUGGCGGUGAGAACUUUCAUUGUCCCUAUAGGCUGAAAUCACAAAGCGCUGCAUGCGGUAGUCUGGUACAGAGAAUCAAGACUGUAUUCCCUAUACUAAUUUGGUCAGGGUAGUUUCCGUUAAUUUAACAGCGGCAGAUCAUGUCGCGCGCUAGAUUUUUUCGUGCGAGUGAGCAAAGCGUGCCAGCAGUAAAUGAUAAGCUACCUGCAUUCUCUCCUCCUCAAACGCGCUCGAGAGGCGAUGACAAGGCAAAAAGUAGAGCUAAGUAAAAGUGAUACAGCUGUUCCGCUCAUCACGCCUGUGAUUAAAAGUGACUGCUUUCGCGCAGUUAUUUUCUCCACAGCAGACGGAAAGGGAGACGACCUCAAUGACUUCCGAUUCACAUACGUUAAUUAGCUGACUAAGCAUGCAGAAGGUGGCCAAACAUUUGAAGCUCCUUACUGCCUGGGUGUAAAGCCAAACAGACGAUUCGAGAUCGCAACUUCAAUCGCAGAGUUGAUAGCACAGAGGUAUUACGAAGAGGACUUGAGAAAUGUAAUUCCAAACGCAGCUCCUCGACCUGACCUACAUGCGUCAAGCGUAUCAUGUCACAGUACGGGAUUCAGCUGUGGCGUGCAACAGAUAAAAACACAAAGACAGUUACAACAAGUGAAAAGGUCUUUGACACACACUGUCAAGCGGAAAAGCAAGGAGUUCGAAAUUAUAAUAUGCAAUUACACAGUGUAUGUCUUUGAGCUCGUCUGCUAGUCCAUCGAGAUGUGAGACAACCCCCCCUAGUAAGUCUAAGGCCAGCGCAUAGACACGCGGAAAUCCGGCAGAUCAUUUAUGGCGAAGAAAGCUGAAAAACAACCAUGUGCCACCGUUGCGUUUCACUAGGCGUAGUGAUACAACAUGCAUCUCAAUAGAAGUAAGCUGUAUAGUUUCGAUUUUGUCAGUAAACGUGUCAACUCCAUGCUCUAGGCAUUGCUGUGCCCGUAAGUGAGUUGCUUUUGAUUAUGCGAAGGAGGCAGCGAGACAACUCUGGUUUACCUUUCAAUGUGCAGGCACCAACACGUUUUCUUUUCAGUGGUUGGUCUCACGAGAGACGACAGAAUGUACUGCAACUCCCCGCACUAAUUGGUCGCAAGCACGAUCUUAUCGGCACCUCGAUCGGUUAGGACGAAAAUUCCUCCUUUGGCGUCGCUCGCAGUACUUGCAGGCAGCAGACCUAAAAAAUAAUAAAAAAUAAAUAAAAGGCAAGCCUUUACAUAGUAAUAAAGCACUGUUCGCGACGAAACGGAUAUUGUAGGAAAUUUUCCUUGACUGAAAAAUCACGUGUCGAGGCUUGUUUUUUAGACAAUCUCAAUAAUUAUGAGCUUCCAUCGCCAGCAGUGAAAUAGCUAUCUUAGUCCACAUUCUACAAAACGGGCGUCUUUCUGUUUAUUUCAUCAACGCAACCAGUGAUCUUCUUUGAUGUCAUUUAUGCGCAGAUAUACACAUAUGUAUUUAACGUAAGCGUCGACAAAUCGUAUUGUGUUUGCGCUUUGAGACAAUCCUCGAUGCAUCUGCUUCAAGCCCUGAGCACUGAGAAAACGUCUUCCAAGCAUAUACACAAUAUUAUCAACAUCUUAAAGUUUGCAUUGUAAAGCAGUUCUCACUUUGAAUCUUUUCCUGCGUCAUGCAAGAUAAUUCUUCCGGUAGCACAAUGACGCCCGAGUACUUCUCUGGGUCUUGGAACAUUCGCUCCAAACAUUACUCCGUAAUGGCUGGACAAAUGUCCCGCGAGCAGCCUGUAAGAGAGGCCAUUGCUCAAGACUCUUAGCAAUAAAUGAAAGAAGCAUAGCAUCGAGGAUUUAACUAACUUCAGAGCAUUAUGGUCUCCUCCAUGCAUGAACAUUCUCAAGGCGGUGUAACGCGCAUCUCAAGGAGACCAUUUCCUUGUCUGCCGCGUAUCGUGCUAUGCGAAUUCGUUGUUUUCCAGGCCGUCACAACAAAACGCCCCUUGGACAGAGCAACCGUUGCUCCGCAUAGAAGCGUUCCGCGAGAGCACUCAGUAAUUGCAUCAUCACGCACUAACUGAAAGUCGCUAGCAAGCACCGACGAGAGCUACGAAUGAGAGACGCUGAUCCUUAGAGCUUCCUCCGAGCGGUAUUUACUCCGUAGCCGUGUAUCGUAGCCCGCACGGGCGGCACAACCACUUCUCAUUUAUGCCUCGCAGCACAAUCAUCAGCGCCCCGCGCGGCGCCACAGUGGUUAAAAUUGCAUUUUCAAUCAAGCGAUAGCCCGUAGGAACGCAUGGAGUCUAUCAUUACUUCGCAUGUGUCCGCGGGAUGUUUGUUACGUCGCAUGCGAGCCGUUUCCUUGUUUCUCGUAUGUUUGUGUGCACCUGAGUGUAACUUACUCAGUCGGUUGUAAGCUGAAAUUCGCGUGCUCUGUUGGACUAACCCGGUGGUGAAUGCGUCGUGUUUGUGUGCUCCGUUGUGCUUCACAGCUUUAAGGACGAGGCAAUGUAGCCAGGGCCAGCAUGCGUCAUACGGUUUACCGCCAGCUCACUUGAAUGCCACAUAGGGAUGUACACAAGCUAUUCAUGCUAAAUACGCAUGACUAAAGAAAAAAAAAAAGUCCGGCAUUGCUUCACAUCUGCAUGCAACACCUACAGAAUGGUGCUUACGAAGUGCGUUUGCAUUAGAUCUGGCGGAAGAUCUACGUGAUGAAGCUUUACAUUUUUGUUUCUUGACAAGUUCUGAGUGGCACAAAAUCUAUGUGUUAACCUAAACGAAAGAAAAUGCUUUGGUGGAGAUGCCGGAUUCAAUUUUCUCCGUAAGAAAAUUAAGCCGGCACGUCACGUAGAGCAUCUAUUUUUCGCCGUGCUGACUGUGCGUUAGCUUCUGCGAUGUGCGUUGAAUACUCUGGCAUUAUACCGAAGAUUUAUGUGAACCCUCCCCUUCUCGCAUAUCGCGUUGCAAAUAGUAGGUGUCUGUUUCGCUCGAUAUUACUGCAUAGAGGUGUAAGAGCAGUUUUCACGAACGAAACCAUUGUGUUAUGGCCGCUGCUUUAACACGAGCAAUCUGUUCGUGCCGCAUGCGCUGUUUGUUGGUCAUUAUUAAUGUUUCAAACCAAAGGAACAUUGCGGUCCUCUCAUAAGAGGUAAGCUUUAUUCACCACAUUGGACAAACAUUCCCGCAUUUCUAUUCCAUGUACAUUACGUGUGCAUGUUCAGUCGGUGUACGUCUCUGGCGCUGCUGAGUGAAAAUAUUUGUCGUGAACGUUUUCGUGAAUGACAAACAGUUUUGCGGCACAUUUUCAGCCGUAGCCAAAUGCAGCUGUUGACGCAUGUGCACAAGCCGCAUCUUGCCGCCUGCCCAUAGUCGGAUUUGCUGAAUCAAGGCGUCGCGUGGGUACGUGUUCAGUGUUCCCGAAGCAACCCGCCAACAGCUAUAAUUUAGAUGCAGCGCUACAGUGCGCAUAACUAUCGCCAAAUGCACGUAGAAUAUCAGACAAGCGGCGACGUCUGAACAUUGCUUAUGUGUGCUUCUAGUAGCCAAUUGUUCAGAUGCCAGUGCCCGCACAUGGCGUCCUUAUAAAACUCACACUAUACACUAUCGGCGAAAAAGAAAUCGCGUCCGUGUGGAAACCCACCUUUAUACUCUUUUAACCAGUCACAUGACUGACGCCAACUUAAUGUUUACGAAGUACAGAACAUUUCUUAAACCCUUUUCAAUCAAAGCUUAGCAUCAAUAAAUAGCGUCGCCCCAACUGCAGCACAUUCGGCUUCACUAAAAAACUGCAUGCAACGAAAGUUUUCCCUCCUUCAUAGUCAACGUUAACCAGGGCACAGCUUAAAUUUCGCGAACAUAUGCAUUGAGUAGAAUACCGGUCCCAGAGGCAACACAUAUAUAUUCAGUUUAUUUCAGAGUUGUAAGCAAGAGCCAGUUGGGAUAAAUGUAACAGCAUCCGUGAACGCCGAAAGGUAUAGGAAACAAGCGGUAAAAGCUACUAGUAUUGUUUCAUCACGUGGCGGGUCGCCGUAAUAGAGAGUAUUAAGCUACGUGUUACCAAAUUCCGCUAGCAUCAUUGCUGGCGUAAAGUACACACGUAGGCUCUCAUCAAGAUGUUAUUGCGCAUGCGUCGACCACUGUGCGGGUGUGUGGCGAACGAAGACGGUCUUCCUGCAAUUGUAGCACCAGCAACUGGUUCGAGUGAAGUCGUGCGCACUCGAUGGGUAGACCCUUUAGAAAACUGCAGGCUGGCUUUUCCGAAACGCACCACUGCCCAAUCAUAAGGCAGUCAACGUAUUAAAUUUACCAUUAAUGUGCAGCUCGUGCGCAUUUCCUGCUUUUGCGCAUGCCGGCUUAUUACGGGUAAAAGGUUACACGUCCGCAUCUAAAUUUCGAGCUGAAACCACGCUUCUGACUACGUUAUUGUGACUUCCCGUGGAUUUGAUGAAAAUUUUCCCAAUUUGGCGCAAUAAACGUCAAGAGUUUCUAGGUGGCCUCUUUUUUUCUCUCUUCUUUAAAUUUUAUUUCAUUUGUGAAUUAAAUGAAAUCAUUUGGUGUAAUUCAACAGUUCGCUAGCCUCAGCUGAAAGUCGCCGAAACUACAAGGAGCUAAUGCGGGAAGAAGUGUGGCCAUCCGUCUUUUGUUCUGGCGUCUUUUGUGGCCUAUAUCAAAGCCUCCAGUGGCGGUAAGAUAUAAGCUCCGGUAGCUAUUUGUAAUUCAAUCAAUCUAGUUUCACUUACUAUUUCUCCUUACAGUCCCAUUGAAAGUCUUCAAAAGGGUCUGCCGCUUGGCUUAGCGUCACAGUGUCUCUGAAGAUUAAAAAAAAAAGAAGAAAUAAACAAGUAAUAGCUACAUGUCGUAACGCCCGCAGCUUCCCAACCUUUGUUCUCCGUAGUCGAGGGGCGCCGCUAGCGAGCUUCCACCGCGGUGCGGGAAAACUUGCAGGCCGGUGCCCCUCCCACCGUAGUGAGCAAUAAAACAGCAUUGGCUUCAACAAUCCGCUGUCCUGCAGCGAUGCACACGCUGCGCAGUUGGGAGUCAGUGAGAAAAAAUACAGCCCUGAAUGAUGAGCAUGUUAUGUAAUGGAGCCAUUGUUAGUGUUUAUCGGCUCCCUUCGUCCGUGUUCGUCUGUCUCUGGAUGUAUAGUACCUCGUUACUAUAGGUUAUACGCUGACACGACAUCACCCGAUGAACCCUGCAUAAGUAAAAUUUCCCGGGAAUGGUGAAACCAAGAAAGGCAGCUGUAUAUUGAAUGUGCACGCGCGUGUGUGUGUGGUGUUACCGUGUGUUUUUCCUCCCGAUUAAUAAAAAGAACAAUAAACAUCCGUGUACGCGAAAACAUAACGUUGGGAGAAAUAGAAGACGUGAAUAUCAAGGAAAAUAUCGCUGUACUUGAAUUGAAACGAUGCUUGUCGGCAAUAAAUGUCCAGUCUAGACGCUGUGAU